AUGUCCCUGCUCCAAGGCCCUAUUGAGGUCUUCGUCUUCGCUGCUACAGCGCGACGAACAAUUUCUACCACUUCGCCUACCUCAUACUAUGCGUCGCAACAUCUUUCGGCCGACGUCAGACCCGAGGCAAUCAAGAAGCCGCAUCCCGCUGUUGCGUCCGGUGUGACUGGACUCGCUCAGAGGCUGCGCGAAAAGGCACCGUUGAUGACCGAAACCUACGUCGCAUAUGGCGCAACACGAGACCUCAUCAAGGAAUGCACGAAGCCGGGUGAAUACAAAAUACCCCAGGCGCUGCUGAAGCGCGGUGAGAUACCAGUCGACGAGAAUGGUGUGCACCUGGGCGAGGGCGAGGGCUGGUGGUACGACACCCUCGGACUGAAGCCGACUUUCUCAAAUUGGGCCCAAAUCACCUUCAUCCACAUGUACAUGCUGCAAGUCCGCUUCCGCAUGUUCCCCCAGUCACAUGCGCCUGUGUGGAUCCAGCACCUCACCAACCAGGCCUUCUACGCCGCCGAGGACCGUCUUGUGAUAUGGCACAAGUUCAACGCCAAUUCGCUGCGUCAGAAGCACCUAAAGGACAUGUUCUCACAAUGGCGUGCCGUGCUCCUGUCGUACGAUGAGGGUUUGAUGAAGGGUGACGCUAUGCUUGCCGCGGCUGUCUGGAGAAAUCUGCUUGGCGCAAAGGAAGAUGUCGACUUCGAGAAGCUAGCGCAGAUUGUAGGAUACAUGAGGAAAGAGCUGAAGAGGCUGGAUAACGCUACAGACGAUGAAGUGGCGAAUGGGACAUGGACUUUCAAAGGCAGCCCAGGAGAUGAAGCUAACGUUGUCAAAGCACCAAGCCGUAUGAUGGCGACUGAGACUGCAAAGGCGUAG